AUGUCGGAUCAAGCGUCAACCUCGGCGGAUGCGCCGUUGUCAGCGCUCAGCUCAUCCACGCUCGGAUCCGCUCCCAAACGUAUACGACAUCGCGAGACGCAAAUCGGUACGGCCUACGAGCUGCAGCGAAAUGCGGCGAUGAAAGGUGCGCUGUUGUACACAGCUCUCGGCGCAUCCAGCUGUUUCAUGGCACACCACCUCUUCCCCGGCUUCCGACGUCAAACCCUCGCCCUCAAAGGUUUCAUCACCUCCGGUUUCACCAUCUUUGGCUUCGUAGUAGGCGCAGACACCGUUCUGCUCAGUCACGAAUCCCAACAACGGUCCGAAGAGAACAUGGUCAGGAGUAGAGCCAGAGCGGAGCUGGGAAAGAAGGGCAUCGUAGCGAGUGAGAAGGAAAUCGAGAAAUGGAAGGACGAAUACGUAAAGCAAAAGUUGGAAGAGAGGAGGUUGAGGAGAGAGGAGAAGUUGAGAAAACUGCAGCAAGACGAAGCAGAGUCAGGAUCAAGCUCGACUUGA